AUUAACAUGUCCCUACUAUUAUAGGAAUAUCAUGUUGAUAACUCUGAUUUUCCUGAUCGGAUCUGCAAGUGCAGUUCCUACCCGACAAGAAUGCCCCAGAAUCCUGGAGACAGCCGGAGUAUCCGAAACCUUCGCACAGAUGGUAGCCCAUAGCAUCCAUUCUUUGACUUUAGAAGACAUCCGAUACUUCUUCAAGGAGAAUGCUACGGAAGAAAACGGCAUUCCAACCGUGAACACGGAUUUGGCGACUGACAUCAGAGUUCUCCCUAACGCACCGUUAGCUGGGUAUGAUGACGACUUUUCAACAAGGAGCAUGAAAACCUUUGACUUGGUGAUGAGGAACAUGAACCGAACUUGGUGGGGUAUCACGAACUACGACACCCUCGACAAGCUGACCCAUGCCUUCCACAUGGCUGAGAUCUGGGACAAGACCGCCGAGCAGUAUACAAUGGUAGAGAAACUGCUAGACCCACAGUCUGACCUAUGCGACUGUGUGACCGACAUUGAAGACAACGAUGUGCUGAACUACCUGAAUCUUCUGGCUUUCAAGAUCAAGUACCCUGGUAUUACUUCUGGCAACAAGACUCUCACAGAUAAUUAUCUGAGCUCUGGAGUGAGGGAAAAACGAUCAGCUGGUUACGGUUUUGGGGGAGGCUACGAUUUCGGUUGGAAGAGGUCCCUCACUGACUUUGAUGGAUUUAACUUUAAUCUAUCCGAUAUCGAGCUGCUGCAAGACGUAGCGGAGAAGCUGGUAGACGGUGAGCAAGUAAUGACAGAGCACGUCGACAGUGCAGAACACUGGAAGCUGUGGAGAAAGAUGGUGAAGCACGGUAUGGAAGAGUCAGGAUACUAUGACCUGGCCGUGUUCAUGUUCUGUAUGCUCAACUAGACCGGAACUCUGUGGUUUGAUCUGAUGAUGGGACUCGGACAUUGUUGUAAACUGUUGUAAACUGCUGUAAGCUGCUGUAAACUUUACCGAUUCGUUUUUGUAAACUAACUUUGACCCCUGUUUAAGAUUUCGGGGAUAUUCGCUUGAUGCUUGAACUUUUUUUUAUUUUGGUCUUAAAUGUGCAAAUGCAAAAAUUAUUUAAUUUAUGAACUUA